CUUGUCUCCUGAUAUUAUUCCAGACGUGCAUGCUUAUAGCGAUAUUCCUGGCACGAAGUUGCACUCCCGCAGCGUAUACUCGUGAGUGGGGACCAGUUGCCACUGUGACUAGCGCUAAACGAGCACUAGCGGUCGAUCAGAGUACAGUAAGCACUUCGCCCGACGCCCGUCCCUAGACACGUGAGUCGCGUAAUGCUCUUUGGGGGAAUAAUUGACUUUUGUGAUGUGGCCACGAUUACUCAUUGAAGUUGUUUCUUGUGCCGUAGUGACGGGAGCUCCAAAAGCCGACAAUCGCGUCGCAAAACGAGAGACGUGCAGUCAUCACUUGCAUGGAAGUGAAUGCUAGUCCUUGGUCUGCCAGUGUAGAUCUGGCCGCAAUGCUGACAGGAGGAGAUGAUACAUGUGUUGCGGUGUGCCUGGGUGUGGUCAAGAAACGUGCCUCGCUAGCAAGAGGUGAUGCGAAAAUAGCCACCAGCGUAUGCCGGGUACUGCCGCAAUGUGCUGUGAUAGGCGAGGUACCACUCCGCUGGGGAUUGCCGAUGUGCGCCGGCCUUCGUUCCUAGUGGGCUGUGCUCAAGUAAGAGUGCUUGACAGCAUGUCCGGAACCAGAUGGAACCCUCAUCCCAGUAUGCGUGGUUAUUGAAGUGACACUCAUGCAGUGCGCUGGUCCUACUGGUUGGCCUGAGCUUCCCAAGAUGGGCACCAGUAGGUACGCAUUGGCGAAUGAGCAGAAGUGUCAGAUGCUUGUAUGCAACCAGGUAAACCUACAACGCCAAAUUAAGUUGCUUGGAGCCAGGACUUGGACGUUGUCGAGGGCUGAAGUUGAAUCACGCCGCAGUUGUAUAAAGCAGUUGACCUCCUCGUCAGCCAUCAGUCCAGCACCAACAGCAACGACAGCCUCUCAAGAACAACAGCACACUCAAGCCAGCUUCUUCGCACCACAAGUAUCAUCACCCGCUCGUCAAGAUGAAGGUCAUCGCAAUCGCUUCUCUCUUCGCAGUCAGCGUCAUGGCCCAGGGCUGGGGCAACCGUCAAUGGGGCAACCGCCAGCAAUGGGACGUGAAUAGCAUCCGCCAGUCGGUCUACCAAGGCCCAGGCUUCUGGGGCGAGCAACGCUGGGACUGCGAUGGCAAUCAAGAAGGCUGCUACAAAGACCAGUGCACCUGCAACCGUUUCGACUGGAACACUUGGCAACUGGUGCAGGACGAUGUUCUGGGAGAGCGCGCCUGCUGGGAUCUCAACAGCCAAUACCCAAAUCUCGUCUGGCAGCCUGGCCGAGGAUGCAUUGAUCUCAACAACCGUGGCAUCGAGCCGCACGGAAUGGCGCGAGCUUGCGAGAGACAGUCCUGGUGGCCUGAAGACUGGGUCACCUACAACUGCUUGCCACCAUGGUAAUGGUAUGCACUGGCUUGAACACCGCGGCUGGUGUGUACUUUUUGGCUGGAAGCUGUUUUCGUGGUAAAAGAUCGGAUCUUCUUUUCGGAGACGGGGACGUAAUUGCGUCGCAACUACAGUACCAGUUAGUCAUAUCAUUGGGCAGUCGUCUUAUAUCAAUUGAUGGCA